AACAAGACAAUAAACUUUUUUGAAAACAAAUUAUCAUUCUCAGCGAAUCAUUCAAAGCAGCGACAAAUUAAUAAUUAACGAAAGCUUUUAAAUCGAAAUAAAAAGUUUCUCAAAAACAUAUUUUCUUAGAGAUUGGUCGGCAUGUUAUUCCUGCAAAUUCUACGUUUCACUUUUUAUAUUUUCUUCAUCUUGGCUUUCCUGCCCUUCUUAAUAGAAGGAACUUCUAACGGGAAGCAAAGAAACUCGGAAUUUGACUUUUCUUUCGGUAACUUCAUUAAGAACAGCUCUUCGUAUCUAGAAGGGCCGAUCAUCUCUCGUAGUUUCACAGGCGAUGCUCUUUCUUGCUGGAUGAGGUGUCUUGACGUCUUGGAGUGUUUGUCUGUCAACGUGGCGGCCAUUGCUGACUCGAGCUUAAAGUUUUGGUGCGAAUUACUGUCUGUCGAUAAGUACAGCUGCCCAGACGAGAAGUACCAGCCCAACUCCACCUCAGACCAUUACGAAAUGAAGAGCGCAUGUGAGCACAAGCCGUGUAAUAAUGGAACAUGUCACACCAGCAAGCUCGACGAUACCUACACGUGUGUCUGCCAUGAUGUAUUUAUCGGAGAGAAUUGCGACAUAAAGGAAGCUCGAGCUCUUGGGAUGGAAGAUUACAGAAUCAAAGACGACCAAAUCACCCAGAGCUCUUAUUACUUUGAUUAUUAUAUGGGAAAGUACGCACGCUUGAACCUAGACGCGAAUUCAACCUCCCCUAGAGCCUGGAUAGCACACGGAUCUGACCCUGAGAAAUGGAUACAGAUUGACCUGAAGCGACUUGUGAUAGUCACCAAAGUGCAAACACAGGGAAGUACCGGAGCAGACAAUUGGAUCACAAGCUUUACGAUCAGCUACAGUCUUGACGGAACUAACUGGUCAGUGUACCAGGAGGGAGGUGUUGAUAAGGUAUUCCAAGUUGUAGGUGUAACCCAUAAUCACCAGGUGGUAGAUACUGUCCUUUCUCAACCAAUCAAGACAAAACUCCUGAGGAUCACUACCGUCACGUGCCACUUCUCGUGUGCACUGAGAUUGGAAGUGUAUGGUUAUGACGCGGACUAAUUGUGUUCUGUCCAUUAAUCUACAAGACACUGUUGAAGGACAAGAAUUACAGAUGAAGCGCACAAAAUAAAAAGAUGCACAGUUCAUGGGAUAGGGAUUAUGUAUUAGAGGCAAUUCACAGUACACACUAGGAAUAGGGGCUGAGAAAGAGGAUGCACAGUUCGCUAGAAACAGAUCAUGUUGUAGAAAAUAAUUAAAAGUUCUUUUAAUAGUGCUCAUGUUAUAAAAGAGAAUUCACAUUUCGCUCAAAACAGAUCAUGUUGUAUAAAGAGAAUUAAAAGUUCGCUUAAAAGCGCUCAUGAUAUAAAAGAGAAUUCACAUUUCACUAGAAACAGAUCUUGUUGUAUAAAGAGAAUUAAAAGUUCGCUUAAAAGUGCUCAUGUUAUAAAAAAGAAUUCACAUAUUGCAAAAGCUCUAAACUCAACACUAAAAUGAAUUGUGAAACGUUUAACUUCUUCAUUUUCGUCCUUAUCGGACCUUGGUAAUAAUUCCGCAUCAAAAUAAGGUGAUGGGUGCAUGUUGUAAAAAUCGAAGUCAUGUUAGGAUUGUAAUAAUAAACAUUACCAACUGAUGUCGAAA